GUCUAGACCUAACCAUUUUGUAUUUUACUUUCCACUUUUGGUUCAGUGUGGUUCAUUUCAGCUUCCCGGGGUUCCUUUAACCUCAGUCUUUUGAUUCCUUUAUGAUUUCAAAGAUGAAUAUACAAUAAAGGCGAUGGAAUAUAAGGAAGACCUCCGCGUGGAUGGCCGUGGAUGUGAGGACUACCGAUGUGUCGAAGUGGAAACCGACGUGGUGUCCAACACCAGUGGGUCUGCCAGGGUCAAGCUGGGCCACACGGACAUCCUGGUGGGAGUGAAAGCAGAGAUGGGGACGCCGAAGCUGGAGAAGCCAAAUGAAGGUUACUUGGAGUUCUUUGUUGACUGCUCAGCCAAUGCUACCCCUGAAUUUGAAGGUCGAGGAGGUGAUGAACUUGGCACAGAGAUUGCUAACACCCUCUACCGGAUAUUCAGCAACAAGAGCAGCGUGGACCUGAAGUCCCUCUGCAUUAGUCCUCGGGAGCACUGCUGGGUUCUCUAUGUGGACGUGCUGCUGCUGGAAUGUGGUGGAAAUUUGUUUGAUGCCAUCUCCAUUGCUGUAAAGGCCGCUCUGUUCAAUACAAGGAUACCAAGAGUUCGUGUCCUGGAGGAUGAAGAGGGGUCGAAGGACAUUGAACUGUCUGAUGACCCUUAUGACUGCAUCCGGCUAAGUGUGGAGAACGUCCCCUGCAUCGUCACCCUGUGCAAAAUCGGCUAUCGGCACGUGGUGGACGCGACUCUGCAGGAGGAGGCCUGCUCCUUGGCCAGCGUGCUGGUGUCCGUGACCAGCCAGGGCGUCGUGACGUGUAUGAGGAAAGUGGGGAAGGGCAGCCUGGACCCAGAGAGCAUCUUCGAGAUGAUGGAGACUUGGAGCUUGGAGGACAGCUGGAUGUCUGCUGACUUAGCCAAGGCGGGUGUGGGGGGUAAGGACCCUGCUGGUAACAGUUGCUUAUCUUCCCCUCCCUGAUCCCACGUUCACGUUUCUAAAGGAGAGUGUUGAACUGAUAAUGUGAACUUAUGACUCCAAAGUCCCAAGCUUUUGUGAUUUGAUGAGGGAAUUGGAGGCGGCAAAGGUGGAGCCAGGGGCUGAAGGGUGGCCGUCUCCCCUUUCCUCCGGGUUUAGAACUGUUUCAAGGGGAGAGAGGUGGGAAUGGGGAGGUCCUCCUGGCACCCUCGGGUCUCCUCCACCCUCUGCAGCACCAUUAGGGCUCUUUCCAGCUGCUCUGUGCUCAUUGGGUGACGUGUUUGUCUCCCCACUGGCCCAGAGCCACAGUGCCCUGGUCCUGCUCACCCUCCCAGUCCACCUCAACUUUGUACAAGUCUUUGAGGACUUUAACACUGACCAACUGACCGACUGACUGACCUGCCAGGAACGCAGUUAGCCGGAGCAGGUGGUUUUUGUUCAAGCAGCCACUGGAUCACAUCAUAACGUGUGCCCAUAGGUCAUUUCUCAGGCAAGGUUGCCAUGUAAUGCUUCCUUCAUUCCUAGAAACGGUGGCUUUUCACGGGAGACUCUAAGCCCUUGGUGUCUGUUUUCUCCUUUUAUUAUCUUCCUUGAAAGCACAAAUGGGCGGUGUAUGUAGUGUCGGAGACACCAAAGACCUUAUCCAGGUGUUGACUUUGGUCUCAUCUGAGGGGUCUGCUUAGAGAUCUGCUGGCAGGUACAUUAGAAACUGCUUGUUAGGACAAGUCAUCAGCACCAUCUUCUUCAUCAGACACACUGCACGUCCUGGGGUCUCUGUGCCUUCUUACUCCAGGACCGUGGGACUUGGGGACCACGUCCAGACUUGGUUGACAAUUUUGCAGCUGUUGUGAC